AACUCUGGUCUCUGGUUGCAAAACUGAGGGAAAAAUCCGUUCAGCCCCACGCCGGCGGGUUCUGAAUUUCCGGCAACCAUCUCCGGCGAUAAUAAUUCCCACUCAAUAUAUACAUAUACAAAAUUUAAGUUACAUGUUAGAAUCACCGGAAAAAUAGUCAACUGUUACGACAACCAAAUGAUGGGAUUUUGUAUAUGUCCAUUAGAGUCUCCUGCAAGAUUGCUGUGGAGUACUAGCUUCUUCCGCCAUAAGAUCAUGAUUUUCUAAGAGAAAAUCACCUCUACAAUCACAUAUAUUGAUAUAUACAUAUAUCUAUCUAUACAUCUCGAUAAUAUUGCUCGAACUCUGAUCUAGGGUUCUUAAUAUUCAUAUUAAUAGUCACAGACUAAUUGAAGCUUUUCGAUAUGGAAUCUAGUCGUCUUUUCUUCGGUUCCACCAGUAGUAACAACAUGUUUUUUCUCGGCAAUGGAGACAACUAUUUUCGAGGAACAAGAGUUGGAGAAGAAUUUUCAAAGAAGAGGCCGUUUUUUAGCUCGCUGGAUGACAUGUUGGAAGAAGAAUACUACGACGAACAGUUGACGGAAAAGAAACGCCGUCUAAGCACUGAACAGGUGCGCAUGCUGGAAAGGAGUUUUGAGGAAGAGAACAAACUGGAGCCGGAGAGGAAGACAGAGCUAGCUAAGAAGCUUGGGUUGCAGCCGAGACAGGUGGCUGUGUGGUUCCAGAACCGCCGUGCACGGUGGAAGACCAAGACCCUUGAAAGGGAUUACGAUCGACUGAAGUCUUCUUUUGAUAUCCUCACAUCAGAUUUUGACUCCAUAGUCAAGGAAAAUGAAAAGCUCAAAGCUGAGGUCCUUUCCUUGACUGGGAAGCUACAGUCAAAGGAGGUCCUUGAAACCUCCACCGUCGGUGGCUCAGCUGCUGUGGAAGCUGAAUAUGUUCUAGCUCCGCCACGUCCCGUGAAAGUAGAGGACCGCUUUAGCACAGGUAGUGGCGGUAGUGCAGUGGUUGACGAUCAAGAUGGGCCACAACUGGUGGAUAGUGGUGAUUCAUAUUUCCCUGAUGAUGACUACCCUCAUGAAGAUGCAGCUGCACCUGUGGAUCAGUCGGAAGAAGAUGAUGGUAGUGAUAACGGGCAUAACGACUUCCCUUAUCCGUUUGCAACCACAGAUCACCAACAUCAUGAGGAAGCCGACGUCCUAGGCUGGUGGGUUUGGCCUCAACCAUAAAUACAUAUAAUAUUACUAUAUAUUAUAUGUGAUGGUAUGCAUUUGUAGUAUUGGACUUGAAAGUUAUCAACUCUACUUUGGGACUUGAAAUUAGUAGGCAAGAAAUUAUAAAGUAGAACAAUGAUGAUGUGAUCAUUUCUUGGAAAUGUGUUAAAGAGUUUGUUACACUACCACGUACUAUGUAUGAUGUAGUGAAUAAAUCUAGUAAGUUUCAGUUGUUGAAUAAGAAACAUAUAUGGAAGCCAACAUAAGAUUCGAGUUAAUUUAUUUACAAAUCUAAGCAUCUUACUUUC